AUGCUAGGCUUAUUGCCCUCUCUGUGAACCAGAAAAGUUGGGGGCUGAGGAGGGUGUUGGGAGAACUACCCUUCCUCUGAGCUAAGGAGCCUCCAGCAGCCCAGGUAGGCAGGCACUAAACCCCCUGGUCAUGACAGAAGUCACUAAGCCACUCCUCCCUGGGUUUGGCUUGCUUUGAGCCUUGGACUUGACUAGGGUCUUAGGGUUUUGAUGGAGAUAGAAGGGGCAAGAGAAGAGGUAGGGUCACCGGGGUCAUCAUGCUCCUGUAACCCAUCCCUAGGUAGGUGGAUAGGCUUGCCUUCCUUCCAUCCCGUGUUUUUUUUUUGUGUGUGUGUGGUACUGAGGAUUGAGCCAGGGGUGCUCUACACUGAGCUACAUCGCCAGCCCUUCUUGUUUUUUGAGACAGGGCUCCUUAAAGUUGCCCAGGCUGGCCUUGAACUCAAAACCCUCCCUGCCUCAGCUUCCUGAGUAGCUGGGAUCACAGGUGUGCACUACCACAACCUGGAGGAUGGGAGUUUUUUGAAGUUUUUGUCCUGGGUUCGGGGUGGAGGGCAGUGAGGUCAGGAGAGAGAGGGAAGGACUGGAGCUGGAAGGAAAUUCAUAUGUACCCCUUUCUUUUAGCAAACUAACUUUGAAGUCUUCUAAGGAAGAGAGCACUGUUAAAACAUCACCUUUAAACCCUUCAAUUGUACCUGUGAGGCCUCCUCUGGCUCCAGAUUCCUGGGCCCCAGAAAGCCUCAAGGGUCAGCCAGAAAGUGAAACAGCUCUGGUGUGGACCUUUGUUCCCCAGCCCUGCUGAAAGCAUGUGCUCCAGCUCAUUUUGUCCCCUUCAUCCUCAUCUUGUCCAGCUUUACUGCCCAGUCAGUUGUGGGGUAGGCCUCUACCUACUCUUCCCUGAAGGCAGCCAGAACCAGGGCACGGAGGGCUCCAGAAGGGGCAGUUGAAGUCCUGGGAACACUGGAAAAAUAUCAGUGGCCUUCUGGAAGGAGCCCUAGAGGAUUUUCAUGAAGUACAGGACUGCAGGCAGAUUGCCACAGGUUGUUUGGAGAGAGAGGCUGGGACCAGCUUCCUUUGUGAAGCUGGGGAAGGGCAGGGGCCAUCAAACUGGCUCACCCAUACCCCAUCAGCCCAAUCCUAGCCCUGGCCUCCCCUCCCCGCUCUGGGCUUCUCUCACUCUAGCUGGACUUUAAGCCUCUCUCCUGCUGGGGGUGGGGCCAGGCACUCAAACAGCAUAAAACCCCAAACAGAUGGGUCUGGUGUGGGCACAGGCCUGGCGUGGCCCUCUGGCUCCUCGGCCCUUGCCAGCUCCAUGGCCAGCCCUGUGGAAGCAUCUCCAGCAGGCCAUGCCAGUGGGUUGGGUCCCCACCGGAGAAAGAGAAUCACAUUUAGUGUUGGGCAGCUGCUGGAGUUGGAGCGGAUGUUUGCAGCACGACCCUAUCCUGACAUUGGUACCCGUGAACACCUUGCCCAACUCACUCGCCUACCGGAGGCCAAGAUACAGGUGUGGUUCCAGAACCGCCGGGCCAAGAAAAUCAAGAACAGAAAUCCAGGAGGCCUAAGUCCCAGGCCUGAGCCUCCCCAGAGCUGCUAUUCUCUUCCAGAUACCCCCCAGCAGCCCUGGGCACCCCCAACGCUGGUCCAGCCUCCAUCUGCCACCAGCACAGCUCAGUGUACCCCGGUGUGUUCACAGGCCCUGUGUGCAGCUCCCAGCUUGGGUCUAGGUCAGGGCUGGGCAGUGACGAAAGCUGUAGCCCCACGGGGACCUGCUGAGGUCUCAGGGGUCCACCCUUCUUUGGAGCAAGCUACUCCUCAAACCUCAUUGGGCAGCCUAUCUGACCUUAUUUAUGCCUCAGCUGUUGUCACCAAUGCGGACCACUCCUGAUCCAGGUCCAGAAUUUCCAAGACCUCUCCUCUGGCUCUUACGGUCCAUCCAGCCCACUUAGGACUGAACACAUCAGAACUGGAUCCCCUGCCCUCUUAUUUUACAUAAUGGAGAACUCUAAUGGGAAGAGUUUAGUUUCGGGACCCCUCCCUUCCACUUCCAGGCCAGCUCACAUGCAGGUCCUCGGUAGUGACUGCAGCAUGGUACUUGCUACCCAGCACUCUGGACCCUCCUAGGGCAUAUCUAUUGUCCUGACAGUACCAUCAGGAUGAGUUAAGGAGUCAUGUUUCCCAUCUCUCCUGCUAGGACCUGUCCCCAGUUCUCACCACAGAGAUGACCUCCUCCCUCUGAUGGGGCAGCCAUUUGUCUGACCAGGGCCCUUUAGAUCGUUACCUAAAUGCCUGCUAUGCAUGCUAGGGGAAGAGGGCUGCUCCUACUCUUGACUGCUGGAAACCCACCUUUUUAUGGUUCAGGGGCCCCUCAUCUCCUACUACCUGGACAAAUUAAUCAUAACUAUGGACCUGAAGAGAGAGUGAUAUUAAAGUAAUAAAAGUAGAAAAGAAGCCUGGGGCUUAAGUUGAUUUAAUUUUCAAAAAAAUCAGAUUGCCUUCUGACGUGGGGCUGUGGAGACAACCUGACAGAUUUGGGGUUGAGGAGGGUACAGCAGCACUGGGUUUUGGUAUCACUGUCAUCUGUAAUACCAACUAAUCUCCAAAUAAAAUCCAACUCUGUAUUUUAAUCUGGAUUGUUGUAUGUUGCAAAUAAAUGAGG